UUGCGCAGGCGCCGAGGGGAACCGUCUCUGCACUGGGUAGGGCGUCCCCGCCUCUGUCGUAGCUGCGUUGUAGUCGUUUCUGCCUGAAGGAUGGCUGAAGUAGAAGAAACCCUAAAACGAAUUCAGAGCCAGAAGGGAGUGCAAGGGAUCAUUGUUGUCAAUUCAGAAGGCAUUCCAAUCAAAAGCACCAUGGACAACUCCACCACCGUGCAGUAUGCCAAUCUGAUGCACAGCUUCAUCUUGAAGGCUCGGGGCACUGUGCGAGACAUCGACCCCCAGAACGAUCUCACAUUCCUCCGCAUUCGCUCCAAGAAAAAUGAGAUCAUGGUUGCUCCAGAUAAAGAUUACUUCCUGAUUGUGAUCCAAAAUCCAACAGAAUAAUUUGCCAUAUUCGAGGUGUGAUUUUUUUUUCUUUAAUUUAAUAGUCUCCCUGAAAGAAAGCCUUACUGUUGAUUCCUUCUCACCACUGAAUGGCAUGUGGAAAACAAAAUUAUGAUAUCAGACUGGAUUUACAGAGAUCAUGUGACCCAGGUGGGGGGGGUGGGGGGGCAGAUUGAUUUUCUUAACCUUUGAUCCACCUUGAAUUUUGGGAGGCUACCUUCAGCCACCAGGAAGAAAGCCCCUUGGAGACAAGCUUAAUGGCCAGGGCUGGUGCCCACGCCUAAGGCCUGAACUCCCCUCUGGCCCGCUGCCCCGCCCCGCCUCCCCCCCCAAUCUGGGCUCUGGGCUUCUGAUUUUAAUUUUGUUGCUAUUUUGAAAGGCUGUCUAACUAAAAAUAACUGUAAUGAUUA